UUUCAUUUUUUAUUUCAGAGUUUAUAAUAUAUUUAAAGGGGGAAGAUUAAAUCCAAAUUGUUCGUAGAAGUUAAUGUUAUCACUUCUGCAUACGUGGACGUGGGCUGCUAUGUGCCAAAACUGGUUGCGUUGUGAUCAUGAAAUUCCUUUAAAUAAAGAUAUGAUAAUUAUUAACUAGUGACCCGCGCCUUGUUUAUGUUUAUGGACCUUCUAUAAUUGAAUUCAUUUAUUUAAUGUGUUUAUUGUAAUCCACGUCUAGGGACGUCUAGAGAGUCGUAUACUGUGGGUUCAUGUGGACCCAAGACACGUGGUUACAUAUUUUUUUGCUGGGUACACGUGGUUACAUAUUUGUGGGUUGGAUUUGGUUCCCAGUUAUCAAUUUGGAUAGGUACUUAAUGGAUAUGCCGAACUUUUCUGUUUUUUCAUAUGGCACUUGACAAAUUGCUCCCGGUAAUUCCUACCAAUGAAGUUUGAAUGUUGCAAUCAAAUUAAUAAAUAAAUAAAGUUUGAUUGUGACGCAUGGAAGAGUUGCGAAUGCAACGAGGCUGUGAGUCACAGUGUGGGCACAGUAACAAGGAAUUUAGCGAGGCAUUUGAUUACCUGUACCAAUUAAAUAUUAGAUUCAUGGGAAUUCCCCAAUCACACACAAUUUACCUUCUUCUCUUUUUAGUGAAAUUACAGUUGCAAAACAGAGCGAACAGAAAGCAGAACAGUUUUUAAAGCAAUGUUAAAACUUCAAAGGUCAACAUUUUGGGUGUAGAUUACAUCCCGAUAAGUUCAAAUUAAUUUAUAAAUUUUAGCUACUUUUAUAUUCACAGAAAGAUGACAUCUUAUCUGGAAACCUUUCAGUAUCCAUCUUGGGUGGACCAUUCAAUCCAUUCCUAAAUAUCCACCAGGCCGCAUGACCACAUGAGUCCAUGACUAACUGUGGUCACAUAUUUGUCACACUUAUUUUUUACUUUAUUUUUCUGUUUGUGUGUGUGUGUGUGUGUGUGUGUGUCUUGGAGGGGGGUGGUGUUGCGGGAGGCCAAUCACAAGAUGUAAUGUUGGUCAUCAUGAAUAUUUAGUAUCUAAUUAGACAAUUCUAGCUAAUUCAGAAUGUAUAACAGCCUAACAGGAAUUAUAAUUCUAUAUAAACUAUAAAAUUUCAUGGUGUACGAAGACAAAAACAUUUUUCAACUGCAAGACCUAUUUGGCGGUCUAACCAAUUACCGAAUACUUUGCGGUGAGUACCAAUUACCAAAUUACUUGGGAUACUGGACAAGAGUAGACCUUGUCGAUUUUGUUUCACAUAGUACGGAGCUACCGAGUGAAGAUGCUCUUAUGCCAACUCAAACCUCUUUGGCAAAUGGACAUAAUAAACUAUUACUCCACUUAAUUACCGAAGGAUUUGGUCACUACCUACUAAGAACUCUUUUCGAAAAGAAUCCUACAAAUCCAAGCUAUCGAGGUCUGUAUAUAACGUUAUGGCCAAUUGAAUUUCCAAUUAGACAUAGAAACGAUGAGAAGAAAAACCCAGUACCCAUAUGUUUUAGCAUUCAAUAUCUUUGCUUUAAGUUUAAUAUGGCUUGGAAUGAAAGUCAUCAAUGGCGAGUAUUUGAUUGGAGUAGGGAGCUACGACAUGACUGGUCCUGCAGCUGGGGUGAACAUGAUGGGCUAUGCCACCAUCGAGCAAAACACCGCUGGUGUACAUUUUCGACUAAGGGCCAGGACUUUCAUCGUGGCAGAAAGUUCCCAAGGUCCCAGGUUUGCCUUCGUCAAUCUUGACGCAGGAAUGGCUUCACAGCUUGUUACUAUGAAAGUGAUAGAGAGACUCCAAUCAAGGUUUGGAAACUUAUAUACAGAAGAAAAUGUGGCAAUCAGCGGCAUUCAUACUCACGCAGGGCCUGGGGGUUAUUUGCAGUAUCUGAUUUACUCUAUAACAUCUUUGGGUUUUGUCCAGCAAUCAUUUGACGCUAUUGUUAAUGCAAUCGAGUUGAGCAUUGUUCAGGCUCAUGAAAACCUCAAACCAGGAUCCAUUUUCAUCAACAAAGGGGACGUAGCAAAUGCUGGAAUAAACCGGAGUCCAAGUGCUUAUCUGCUAAACCCACAAGAGGAGAGAGACCGAUACCCUAGCAACGUUGAUACUCUGAUGACUCUGUUAAAAUUUGUUGACGGUGAAAGCGGGAAGGGCAUUGGAGCAUUCAGCUGGUAUGCGACCCAUGGGACCUCCAUGAGCAGAGACAAUAAACUCAUCAGUGGAGACAAUAAGGGUGCGGCUGCUAGGUUCUUCGAGGACUGGUUUGCUUCUACCCAGACACAAAGACCUCCUUCUACCUCAUCUUCCACACCAAAUAUUAUACAAGUGCAAGAGAAAGCGCAGGCAAUCAGAGCUACGGGAGGAAAUCUUUGCAGUAAUACAACCAGCCGAGGGUUUAAAGUGAGGAAGAACGAUGGGUCAUUAUUCGUGGGAGCUUUUUGCCAAUCAAAUGUUGGAGAUGUGACCCCAAAUGUGCUAGGAGCAUUUUGCACCGACAGUGGAAAACCUUGUGAUUUCAAUCACUCCUCAUGCCACGGCGACAACCAGCUUUGCUUGGGCCGUGGACCCGGGUACCCAUAUGAGAUUCUAAGCACGAAGAUUAUAGGGGAGAGGCAGUUUAAAAAAGCUGUUGAUCUGUUCAUGUCGGCUGCAGAGCAGUUGAGCGGGAAGAUCGAUUACCGCCACGUGUAUGUAAAUAUUACGGAUAUUGAAGUUGAGUUGGAGGGAAACAAGAUAGUCAAAACUUGUCCUGCAGCCCUUGGACCGGGUUUUGCUGCUGGGACCACGGACGGACCCGGUGCCCCUACUUUUCAACAAGGUGAUAAAGAGAUAGCCGAGCGAUGGAUAAAGUUGAGGGAUAUGCUACAGGUACCAAGCCAGUAUCAACUGGACUGCCAACUGCCAAAGCCUGUUCUGCUGGACACUGGCGAAAUGUUCUUUCCCUACGCAUGGGCACCGGCAAUUCUUCCAAUUCAAAUGCUUAGGCUGGGAAAACUGAUCAUACUUUCAGUACCUGGAGAAUUCACCACAAUGGCGGGACGGCGACUGAGAGAGGUAGUUAAAGAGAUAUUGAUAAGUAAUGGCAACGGUGAAUUUGGUGAUGACAUCCACAUUGUAAUAGCUGGCCUAACAAAUGCCUAUUCACAAUAUGUUGCCACUUUUGAGGAGUACUCACAGCAACGAUAUGAGGCUUCUUCAACUCUCUAUGGUCCUCAUACAUUAUCAGCAUAUAUCCAAGAAUUUAAGAAAUUAGCAAAUGCAAUGGCAAAAGGAGAAAACAUAACAAAAGGUCCCUCACCGCCAGAUCUUGACCCUGUACAACUUAGGCUCCUCACAGAUCCUUCUGGAGAUUCACCUCCCCCGGGAAAACAAUUUGGCGAUAUGAAGGAAGAUAUAAAACAACGAAUAGGCGGCUCUUUCAAAAAGGGUGAAAGACCAAGUGCAACAUUUUGGAGUGCAAACCCAAGAUACGAUCUCUUGACAGAAGGAACAUAUGCAGUGGUAGAGAUGCUACAAGGGAAACAGUGGAUCCCAGUUUAUGAUGACGACGAUUUCAGCUUGUACUUCAAGUAUAAAUUGGAUAAUGUGAGCUAUUAUGGAACAGCAAACAUAGAAUGGGAAAUACCAAAGGAGGCUACUCCUGGGGUCUACAGGCUAAGGCACUUCGGAUCAUCAAAGGAAACGAGCGACUCCCCCAAUAUUUACUUUACUGGCGCAUCUAGCGCAUUUACAGUGUCAUAAAG